CUUUCCUUUCCGCAUUGGAACAAAAAAUCUUCACGGAAAAACGUACAGCAGGCCUAGCUACCUAUCAAAUGCCUCGAUGGAUGACUCGCGCUAGCUACGAUAACAAUCAAGAGAAUCAACGGUCCUUUCUUUACGUAGCCCUGCAUGCAUUCUAGUAUCUACUGACUCACUGUUGGUUUGCUUUUCCGUUCAAUUGGGGGGCAUAUGAGAACGCCGUCGAGCAUUCUGAGACCUAGUGAAUAUACAUCAUCUUCAAAUUGACCUUGGCAUGCAACAAGAAUUCUACCAUGGCUUCCCCAACUCAAACAUCCUCUUCGGCAACGAGGGCAACUACAGAGCCAGCCACCAACCCCAGCUCCUUGCAGCACGAUGAGAAACAGUUUGCCUCCAUCAUCCCAGAGAGCAACAACAAUCGGCUACAACUCCAACAUACAGCUUCAAACGUCAGCAAUCAUGACAUGCCCAAUGUCGCCUAUGUGGUCACUGGCGAUGGGGACGAGAUAUACAAUCGUUUCACCGAGCGUCGUAAGAUGAUCAUCACUGCUGUACUUUCUUUCUGCGGCUUCUUGGCACCUGUCUCUUCGACCACUGUAUUAUCAGCUGUACCUGAGGUAGCGGCUACUUUUAACUGCGAUGGAUCCAUUAUCAAUCUUUCCAAUGCCAUGUAUAUGCUUUUCAUGGGCAUUAGUCCAUGUUUUUACGGACCCUUUGGAAACAUAUACGGGCGCAAACGGGUCUUGGUAGCUAGUGCAGCGCUGUUCUUUGCUUUCUCAAUCGGGACUGCAUUGGCGCCAAAUUUGGCUUCAUUCUUCAUCUUCAGGAUAUUGACUGCUUUCCAAGGGACAGCCUUUCUUGUCAUUGGGUCAAGUGUCAUCGGAGAUAUCUACAAGCCCACUGAACGUGGAACAGCGCUUGGAUGGUUCAUGUCGGGUACCCUUAUUGGCCCCGCUCUAGGACCUUUCAUUGGCGGUAUCAUCGUCACAUUCCGAACAUGGCGAGACAUCUUCUGGCUACAGACAGCUUUAGCUGGAGCAGCAUGCGUAUUCGUCAUGUUUUUACAGCCCGAGACCAUCCACUAUCGACAAGCCCAGGAGCUCGAGGGCAAACCGCGAAAAGAGAAAGCAAGCCUUAUGUGGAAAUGGCUCAAUCCGUUUCGCAUCGCCUUGCUAUACCGAUACCCGAAUCUUCUGACCGUAGCCAUAGCGUCGUCAUCUCUCGUCUGGAAUAUGUACUCUCUCCUCACCCCGAUCCGCUAUGUUCUGAAUCCGCGUUUCGAUCUUACUACCCCUCUUCAAUCCGGGUUAUUUUAUAUUGCCCCUGGAUGCGGAUACCUGCUGGGCACUUUCUUUGGCGGACGCUGGGCUGAUCAUAUCGUGAAGAAGUAUAUCAAGAUACGCGGCACUCGGGUUUCUGAAGAUCGCUUGAAAUCCUGUCUGCCCUUCAUGGGCAUCGUUAUUCCAGCAUGCAUGCUGAUAUACGGGUGGAGCGUUGAGAAGAGAGUUGGAGGCGUAGCACUACCAGUCAUCAUGAUGUUCACUCAAGGCGUGGCCCAGCUGUUCUGUUUCCCGAGUUUGAAUACUUACUGUCUGGACGUCAUGCAGAGUCGGAGUUCAGAAGUAGUUGCGGGAAAUUACAUGAUGCGCUAUGUUUUCGCUGCAGCUGGUUCUGCAGCCUGUCUUCCAGCUGUCCGAAAGAUUGGUGUAGGAUGGUUUUCUACGAUAUCAGCGCUUUUCAUGGUCGUAGCGACUAUUGCAACAUAUAUGACUACAGUUUACGGUAAGGACUGGCGUGAGGCAGUAGAUGCAAAGAUAGCGGCGAGCAAAGAAGGUGAUAAUCGUGUAUGA